AAUACUGACAGCCAUCUUGCUUGUCUAAUGUGAGUUGUGGAAAUACUACAAUCCACAUAUUUUCCUGUUGUCUCGCUGAAAGAGCGAGUUCAAAACAACUACUGCGAUCAAUGUGUAGAAAUAUACUGUUUUUUGGUGAAUUGGGUCACACAUUUAUGGAGUUCGUGACGAACAGUGGAGAUUACUGCCAGGCUCAACACGCACUGUAAAGUGUGUUGUGUAUUCCUUCUCUCUCAUUGCCUCUGUCAUCGUCUCUCUUAUAUCGUCGUCUUGUUGCUGUCCUUAUCGGAUCCACCCCCUCCCUGAGUGGAGACGAGUUCGUCCACGAUCUGUGCGAUCACCUGUUUUUUCUUUGUAUUUUGUUUUGUUUCUGUCAACAAGUGUGUUUUCACCUUUGCCAAAGCAAGCUGUGCCUGUCUUGCUGUUCCAGUUUAUGAAUGUUGUCGUCGUGAGUGUUGAACCAGCCAAUAAAAAAUAACGGUGCUUGUAUACCUUCUGUGAGAUUGACCUCCCCUGAGAUUUUGAUUGUGACAUACACUGUGUAAAUCAGUUGUGAAGGUGAACAUUUAAGUACAUGUCAACUCAUGGGCUGUUACAAAAGAAGCGAUCAAGGAUAAUUUCUCUACCAAAUUGGCAUUGACUAGUGAUAUAAAACAAGUCCCCUUCAUCGUGAAAAUAAGAAUCCAUCUCUGUGGAGAAAGUGGAUAUCGGAUGAUUAGAUGGGGUAAAUUACAGGAAGCUGUGUCUAGUUUCUUAAAAACUACAGACAUAUUUUGCGAAGUUUUACAAACAAUCAAGGAAAAAUUACGAGUUGGAUGUGGCACAUAAAGAACAAUACAGACUCCCGCUCGUCUUUCAUUCGUCGACCGUUUAGUCUCGGGUGGAAUAAUAGUGUUUUCCCUUAUGCGUACCUCAGAAUUAAUCCUGUUCACUUGAGUGUUUGAUUGUUGUUCCGUGGGUACAUAUAUAUAUUAUAUAUUUACUGUUGUGUUCCAGUUAUCAAACUGAUAUAUAUAUAUAAAUAUAUAGUAUAGGUGGUGCAUUGAUAUUCAAAUAGUUAAGAAUAUAAAUAUAUUUUUCUCUGCUUUAUAUGGAUGUAUAUUGUGUUCAUACAGUAGGAAAAUCAGGAUUUAUUUUUUCGUCAAUCGUGGAUAUUUGUUCCAAAACUUGGUUUUUUAAUGUGGAUGCCUUUCACUGAAUCAUCGCUUGCAUAAUUAAAUUAAUGCACCCAUCGUUUUAUUUGUGUGGUAAUAUGGUCCUGUAUCCUUAAACUUGUUGGGAAUUACGGAAAUCAGAUGUGCUAUUUUCCGUAAAGUGGAGUUUGGAAACUUAAAUGUAAACGUUUGCCAACUGUGGGACAUCACAGUCUCCAGUUCACUUGAGGAAGAAAGGAAAUAGAAAAGGGAACGAAAGCUUUCCUUGGAUCUGGAAUAUUUGAUAUUCAAGGGUUUGUCUAGCUAAUGUCUGCAAAUAUGAAGGCCAGACGACCAGACCCGGCUGAGAUAGAGUAUAAGAAUAUGAGAUUCUUAAUCAUGGACAGACCAACAGAUGCUACCAUGGACAAAUUCAUAGAA